AUGGAGAAGUUGAAAGACGAUGAAAUUGAGUUGUUCUUGGACUUUGAAAUACCAAGUGACUCAGAAGUCAGCUUUUGUGAUAGUGAAGACGAUGAUAGUGAUGCUGAGAAUAAUACAAACAAAAAUGAUGACCAGGAAGAUAAUAUUGAAAACUUAAAUUUAUUGCCUCAAUAUAUUAACUUCUUAGGGGAUAUGGACAAUGAUAUAAGGUUUGAAAAUAAUAAUCCAUCUAAUGAGCCUGAUGGCUUUGUAAUAAUCGACGAAAAUGAUGUACAUGAUUUUGAUAGUUUUUUUAAUAACAUAAUACUCCAAACACAAACAGAUAGUAAUGUUAGCAAACAAACUAUUCCAAAAUCUGAUGUUGCUGCUCAAAACAAUUUAGUCUCACCCACACAAACAUCUAACCAAAUUCUAAAUCCUAUAGCCACUCGGUCACUAACAAAUAAAAAAAGAAAAACUCCAUCAACCGAUUCUAAAAGUAAAACUAAGUUUAAAAAAUCUGCUUUACUAAAAAUUAACAAUAAUAAACAUAAUUGUUUACCUGUCAAGAAAAAAAAUACAAAACAGACAAAAUGGUUUCCUGGUAGGGAUAAUAAGCAUACAAACUCCAUACCUACUUUUACUGGCAAUAAAUUAAUUAAUAUAAAUGUAAAAGAAACUACUCCUUAUUCUGUUUUUAUACAAUUAUUCACUGAAUCUCUUUUUGAAAAAAUAAGAACUGAAACAAUAAAAUAUGCUGUUCAAAAUGGAAAAGAAAAUUUCAACUUAUCUAUAAAAGAAUUGAAAGUGUUUUUUGCAAUCAACAUAGCAAUGACAUAUAUAAAAUACCCAAAUGUAAGAAUGUAUUCGUCUUCUCAAGAGGGGUUGAGAAUGAACCUUAUUGCUGAUGCUAUGACUUGUAACCGGUUUGCCGAAAUUAAAAGGUUUAUUCAUUUUGUAGACAAUUAUGAAAAACCUCAAGUAGUAACUGAUAAAUUUUGGAAAAUUAGACCUGUUUUAGACAUUUUACACAAUUCUUUUCAUUCAGCUAUAUCAACUAGUCAAAAUAUAGCCAUUGAUGAAAUGAUGGUUCCUUUUAAGGGUAGGAGUUCAUUAAAACAAUACUUAAAAUCAAAGCCUAAAAAAUGGGGAUUUAAAAUUUGGGUUCAAGCCGGAACCAAUGGAUAUGUACAUUGUUUUGAGCUUUAUCAAGGUGCCUCGAAAGACAAAAAGUCACUUUUUGGUCCAAUAGGUGAUACAGUUUUGAAAUUGUGUCAUUCAAUACAUGGUGAAAACCAUAAACUUUUCAUGGAUAACUUGUUUACUACUGUUCCACUAUUAAGAAAAUUAAAGUCUCUAAACAUACAUGUCCUUGGUACUCUAAGAUUGAAUAGAGUAACUGGAAUUGAAAAUUACCUAGUCAAAGAUAAAUUGUUGGAAAGAGGUAACUGUUCAAUAGCCACAUCUGAUGACAAUCUGACUGUUGUACGAUGGAAAGAUACUAAACUAGUACAUACUAUAUGCUGGGGCUAG